UAACUCCAUCACUACCCAACCCAAAACCUUCCCCCUUCUCUCUCUCUCUCUCUCUCUUUCUCUCUCUCUGUCUGAUUGAUUGCUUUUUCAGCACCAACACAAUCUCCUCUCACCAACCUCAGCCCCAUUCAACCGCACCCUCCAUCAUAUUCAACCACCACUUCUCAUUUUCCACUUCUUCCUCUGUUUGUUACACCCUCUUCAUUUUCUUCUUUCUCUAUCUUCACCCAACACAAAUCAACAACCCUUAAAUUCUCUCCACAUUCAACCUUUUGCUCACCAAUUCUCAUCUGGGUCUUCCUCUUUUUCUUCAUUCAUAUCCUAUUCCAUCGUUUGCCAUGGACAAAGAGUACUUUCUCAGUGCUUGUGUGCACUUCGAACCAUCGCCGGUGCAAAACUGGCAGUCUCUGUUUUCAUCCCAGGAGAUGAAUUGCUCGCCGGAGCAAUCUUUGGAUUGUUUCCUCAAUCCCAAAUGGGAUAAGUCAACGGACCAGUACGCGAACUUCGAGUCUGCCCUGAGCUCAAUGGUCUCAUCUCCCGCGGCUUCCAAUUCGGCAGUGUCCAACGACAGCUUCGAAAUCCCUGAACUGAUCGGAAAACUGGCCAAUAUUUGCAACUCCGGCGAGAUCUCCCCGCAGUCCCACCCUUUGCUGGCGGCCACGGCGGCCUACAUUGGCGGUGGAAACAGUAGCCCUUUGAAUUCACAGUCACAUUUGCCAAUUAUGGGUCAUUUUGUCAAAGAAAAGUUGCCCAAUUUGGGUAAGUCAAUGCCGCUGAAUCCCAAUUUGAGGGCACUUUCAGACGAUCCCGGGUUCGCCGAGAGGGCGGCGAAGUUUUCAUGCUUUGGAAGUCGCAGUUUCAAUGGCCGAACGAACCAAUUGGGGUUGAACAACACUGAAUUGCCAUAUAGAUCUAGUCCAUUGAUGGGAAGCCUAAAUUUACAUGGAGUUUCGAGUAGCCCUUCUCUCAAGCAAGCUGUGUCUCCAAUGGCUGCUAAUCAAGAAAACAAGAAUUCGACACAAACCCAAAUGGAAAUGGUGACUAAAAAUGGCUCGGACACAAAAUUCAAUAAAGUACCAGGGUCUGCUGCCUCGGAUCGGACUGAAUUUGCCAGUUCUAAUGAGGGUUCCUCUGUUUCCGAGCAAAUCCCAAUUGGGGAAACAGGGUUGAAAACUCCAAGUGAUUCGAAUUCCAGGAAAAGAAAAGCAGCUUCAAGGGGAAAAUCCAAGGAGAUUGCACCAAUUCCCUCUUCCAACACCACAAAGGUGGCAGAAACAGAGGACAACUCGAAUUCAAAGCGAUGCAAAUCUAGCGAUGCUAAUGGGAGCGAAAAUGGUAGUGUCAAAACAGAGGAGGAAAUGCAGGGGACUGCAAAUGCGGCAGGGGAGGAGGAUCAUAAACAAACCAAGGCUAACCAAAAGCUUCCUGAGCCCCCAAAGGACUACAUUCAUGUCAGAGCAAGAAGGGGUCAAGCCACUGACAGCCAUAGUUUAGCCGAAAGAGUUCGAAGAGAGAAGAUCAGUGAAAGAAUGAAGCUUCUCCAAGAUCUUGUGCCCGGUUGCAAUAAGGUGACUGGCAAAGCACUAAUGCUCGAUGAAAUUAUAAACUAUGUACAGUCAUUGCAGCGCCAAGUUGAGUUUCUCUCUAUGAAGUUGGCUUCAGUGAAUCCAAGGUUGGAUUUUAACAUGGAUAGUCUCGUACCAAAGGAUGUUUUGCAACCUCAUCCAGUAUACCCAUUAGAUUCCUCGGCAUCACCUUUCUUCGGACACCAGAACCAGCAAGCCCCACAAACACAUACCAAUGCUUCCAAUGUGACAGUGACCAAAUGCUCAGUGGACCCUUCAGUGCAAUUAAGUCUGUUUGAUGAACUUUGCCAAGGUCUUCCACAGUUUCCAACAUUAUGUGAAGAUGAUCUGCAAAGCUUUGUUCAGAUGGGGUUUGGUCAGAACGCAAACUGCAACACAGGAUUUCAUUCACAAAGCUUUCCUGGCUCAAGUCAGACAUCCCACAUGAAACUUGAACUGUGAUCACCAAUCAUCCAUCAUCAAUUCAAGCCCCUGAGGGGAGAGAGAGAGAGAGAGGCUGCUGUAUAUUAUAGAAAAGAAAGAGAUUUUCAUUCUCAAUUGGUUGCUUUCAUGGACUGCCAAUCCAUCUUUAGGUCUAAUCAAUAGUACAUUUUUUUUCCUCUUAGCUUUUAUUAUUUUAUUUUUGAUCUUCCUAUUUUCUUUUCUUUUUUGGGGGGAGGGGGUGGAUUUGUUAUAAGUAUCCAAUGUAAAAUCCUAAACCCAGCUCCGUAUUAUGGUGCAAAAGUCCUAUAUUAGCACCACUUGUAAGAUAUAAUUUCCGGAAGCUUUCAUUUUCCAACCCUUUCCAAAUCGUACUACUGCAUAAUUGAAAAUCGGACAAUCAAUUCAACAAGAUUUAUCAUAA